AUGAGCACCGACUACGCCUACGACGAGGAGGGCUACCUCUGGCCCUUCUUCGUGUUCACCCUCACCCUCAUCAUCACCGUCCCACUCACAUUCCUACUCGUCAAGCGGUCGCGCGACCCAGCCGCCUCCUUCGCUCGAAUUCACACCAGUUUCAAGCAUGAGCACACAAACACGAUCGAUGCGCUGCGCAAGCAGGAAAAGCGCAAGGAUAGGAAGUUAUGGCUUUUCUUCGCUGUCGUCGCGGGCUGGGCCGUCAUGGGCUACAUGCUCUACCUCAUCCAGACCACCGAGGCCCCGGUCCACAAGCUGUGGAACCCCUACGACAUCUUGAACAUCCCCGAGAGCGCGACCGAGAAGCAGAUCAAGAGCACGUACAAGAAGCUCUCGCUGCGCCUGCACCCGGACAAGGCGAAGCCCGACCCGGCGAAGAACGAGACCAUGGAGGACCUGACCGCCCGCUACGUCGAGAUUUCCAAGGCCUACCAGGCCCUCACCGACGAAGAUAUCCGGAACAACUAUAUCCAGUAUGGCAACCCGGAUGGGAAGCAAGGGUACAGCAUCAACAUCGCCCUACCCAAGGUCAUCGUCUCGGACGGCAACGGCAAGUACGUCGUGCUCGUCUACUCGGUGCUCUUUGGUGUCCUGCUGCCGUACCUGGUCGGGUCCUGGUGGUACGGGACGCUUCGGCGCUCUAAGGAGGGCGUCCUGAUGGAGAGCGCCAACCGGAUCUUCCGCGAGUACAAGGACAACAUCAACGAGGGCGGUGUCGUGGCCGCGCUGAGCACCGGACAGGAGUACGAGAACCUUCUUAAAGGGGACAAGGCGACAUCAGGUCUCUCGGAUGUGGAAUCUAAAAUUUUUGCGGAGGGCGAACUGUCCCCGCUCGCCGGCGGCCUCUCUGUUAAGGACAAGGAGAAACUCGAGGACUUGGAGAGCGGCCCGCGCCGGAAGGCGCUCGCGCUGCUGUGGGCGUACCUCGGUCGCAUCGAGCUCGGCGACGCCGAGUCGAACAAGGCCAAGUUCGCUGUCGCCCCCAUUGCGCACUCUCUUAACAAAGCACUGAACGCCAUCGCUCUCGCCUACAUGAACACCGGACCGCUCCUUGCUUCGUACUACACCAGCCAGCUUCUCAUCCAGGCUCUUCCUCCCAAGUCGUCACCACUCCUUCAACUGCCCUACUUUAGCCCAGCGGUCGUCAAGGCCGUCGAGGGCGAUUCGCGCAUCCACACCAACGUCCAGGACUUUAUGGACCGGCCAGAUGCCAAGCGGCGCAGCCUGGUGGUUGGCAAGGGGCUCCUGUCGGAAGAGCAGUACAAGGAAGCCGUGGGGGUGGCCAAGCAACUCCCCUUCCUGCGCGUAGCCAAGGCGUACUUUAAGGUCACCGGCGAGCGCUUUAUCAUCCCGUCUUCUCUCGUCACGCUCGUCGUCAAGGGCCGCUUCGUGCCGCCCGGCAGCGAAAACGUGCCGGCGAUCAACCCCAUCGACCUGGAAGACGUCGACCCGGCAGAAGACGACCUGGACGCCAUCAGCGGCCGCAAGACGCAGAAGCUCGUAGGCAAGGACGAGAAGACGGGCAAGCCCAUCUACGAGUCCGCCGAAGCCGAAGUCGUCCCCGCACCGCUCGCCGCGGCCCCGUAUUUUGCCCGUGACCACAGCCCCCGGUGGCACGUGUUCCUGACCGACUCCAAGCAAGGGCGUGUGGCGGUCCCGCCGUUUACGUUUGCGCAGUUUGACCGCCCGAUCUUCGAGGCCGACGGCACCACGCCGACGUUUGCGAUGCAGACGCUCAAGGCGCAGUUCCAGGCGCCGCCGCAGGCGGGGCAUUACACUUUUGUCAUGCACGUUGUCUGUGACAGCUACGUCGGGUUUGACACCAAGAUGGAGGUGACGCUGAUUGUGGAGGAGGCGAGCAAGGCGGCGCAGAUGGAGGUGGAAGACGAGAUUAGUGAGCCGGAAGAGGACUCCAUCGCGGGCAUCAUGCACGCCGCCAAGGGCGGGCAACCAAAGACAAGGAAACCAAGCAAGAAGGAUGAGGACAGCUCAGACGAAGAGAGCGGGACAGACGACGAGGACGAUGAUACCAGUGCCACCAACACCGACACAGAGCCGGAGGACUGA